AUGGCUUCAGAGAACAACUUCGUGCAAGCAGCCAUUCCUCGUUUUGAUGGUCAUUAUGACCAUUGGAGUAUGCUGAUGGAAAAUUUUUUACGGUCAAAAGAGUAUUGGCAAAUUAUCGAGGAUGGCAUCAGCGCUCCAACGGAAGUCGAGGCUUUGACGAAUGCUCAAAAGAUGGAGUUCGAAGCAAGAAAGUUGAAAGAUUUGAAGGCAAAAAAUUACCUCUUUCAGGCUAUUGAGCGUCCUAUCUUGGAAACUAUUCUUUGUAAAGAAACUUCCAAGGAUAUAUGGGACUCCAUGAGAAAGAAAUAUCAAGGUACUGCUAGAGUGAAGCGCGCACAGCUUCAAGCCUUAAGAAGGGAUUUUGAGACUUUGCAGAUGAAGGAAGGAGAGUCUGUAAUGAGUUACUGUGCUAGAACGAUGGAGACUAGCAACAAAAUGCGAUUCCAUGGAGAGAAGAUGAACGAUGUCACAAUUGUUGAAAAGAUAUUGCGUUCUUUAACGCCGAAGUAUGAUUAUGUUGUUUGCUCUAUUGAGGAGUCAAAAGAUAUAGAUGAGUUAUCGCUUGAUGAAUUGCAAAGCUCUUUAUUGGUACAUGAACAGAAGAUGAAUCGAAAUUCAACUUCUGAGGAGCAGGCCUUGAAGGCUUAUACUUUUAUUUCUUCCAAUUCUAGAGGAAGGGGUAGAGGUAGAGGAAGAGGAAGAGGAAGAGCAGAUCGUGGAAAUAGAGACGGAGGCAACAAAGAAGGCUGCGGAAAUUUUAGAGGUAAUGACUACGGUAAAGGCAGAGGAAGGGAUUUCGAUAAAUCCAAGGCUGCCUGA